AUGCAAGUGUGUCUAUUCGAUUUAUUAUUAAAUGCAUAUUUAAAUGAACGUUCAAAAUCAAUUGAUUUAUCACGAUUAUCGUUACCGAAUAUAACACAAUCGCAAAAUGCUCUUUUAUCAUUAGAAAAACUUUAUCUUAAUACUAAUGAACAAUCAUUGACAAACAAUAAAACGAAUGAUCAAAAUGAAAAACCGAAAAAAGAUGAUGAACAUAAUGAAACAUUAAUUGAUAAAGACACAAGUGAAUCAUCUCAAAUAACAAUAACUGUUUGUGAUGAAUCAAAAAAUUCUAAACGUCAAUUUUUAUGUAAUCGUUCAUUAUUAAUACGUGAAAUGCGUUAUUUUGCUGAUUAUUUAAAAGAUGAACCUGAUCAAGCUGAAGAAGUUGAUAUAAGUGUUCAUUGUGAUAUUGAUAUAUUUCAAUGGUUAAUGUCAUUUGUUAAUCGAAUUAAAUCAACAGAUAUACCUGAAUUAGAACCACGUAUAGCUGUAUCAAUAUUAAUAUCAUCUGAUUUUCUUAAAAUGGAUAAACUUGUACGACAAUCAUUAGAAUAUAUUUAUAAAAAUUUAAAUGAAAUUAUCGCUACAAAUUGUAAUGUAUCAUGUAUACCUGAUUUAUUAUUUCGUCAAUUAGCGAAAUAUUUUCAUAAUCCAUAUAAAAUCGAACAAUUACAUGAUAGAAAAAAUAAAAUUCGUGGAAAAUUAUUUGAAUACAGUUUAAAACAAUUAUUAACUGAUAGAAAAAUAAUUCGUUGUCAAUAUUGUCAUACAAUAAUGAGUAUUGAACAAAUAGAAUUUAUACCUUGUUUAUCCGAACGUUUAAUGAUAAAAACCAAUGGAAAUUUUUCAUUUCAACAUAAAAUUGAUUCGAAAUUUAAUAUUAAUGAUUGGAUUAAAGAAAUUCAUCUACGAGGAGAAAAUUCUUGGAGAAAUACAUUUUGGAUUAUUUGGUUACAUAUACAUGGUGAUCAAUGUGCACGUUGUGAUGCUUAUUUUCGUUUUAUUGAUUUUUCAACAUGUUCAUAUCAUCCACUGUCAUCAAUAACGGAUAAAAAACAUGAUUGUUGUUCACAAUUAAUUGGUACAUUUGAUAUUUUUCAAUUAAGUACACGACAUAAUGGUUGUCAACAACGUGAACAUAUUUGUCAAACACAAAAUGAUUUUUCUGAAAUCUAUGAAAAUUUAGAUAAAACAGAACUUAUAAAACAUCAUCCAUCACUUCAAAUUUCAUUAAAUACGAUAAAUUCAACAAAUGUAAUGACAAGUAAAAUUAUGGAACAAUCUAUAUAUGGUUCUGCAAAUCCUGAAGCAAAAAAAGCAUCAUUACGUUCACAAUGGACACCAUUUCUUGAUUCACAUCCAUAUGGUGCUGAUAUGAAAAAUGCAUGGGAUGCAACAAAAUCUACUCGUUGGAAUCAAGAUGCACAACGAGAAGAUGAACAUCGUCGAUUCGAUGAAAUGCUUCGUCAUAUACAAUCAUCACAACAAAUUAAUAAAACAAAUCAUAAUCGUUCAUUAAAAGAAACGAGUUCAUCGUCAUCACUUCUAUCUCCUGGUGGAAUUUAUUGUCGAAUUGAGAAUGAUUGGAGAACUCGUCAAAAUAUCCCAAUCAAUACUAAUAAAAAUAGACAACGCACUACACUUAAAUAA